AUAUACUCGAAAACCAUACACCCAAGGAAUGCGUUGAACUUACACUUGAGUUUUAUUUUAAUUGUUGCUGCAACACACAACACGGAUUAUAUUAACUUCAAACAAACACCGAAGACAAUCAGAGAAGACAAUGCAUUUGAUCAGGCCACACGCUACAAAAAUGGUUUCGGAAUCCGAGUUCGAAAAUUUCGAAGGCGAAGAGGAGGAGGAGCACUCCACCCGACCCUUGGCUAUAAAAUUGUCCAGGACCACAGUGCAGUUGAUCGACUACAAGAUGUUCAUUGCGGCUCGUCGCAUCCAAGCCUUCUGGCGGGGCCACCGCGUCCGCAAGCUGCUCCACCAGCGCUGGCAGGCGGCAAUUGUCAUCCAGCGCUGGUGGCGCGGCUUUUGGGCGCGGCACAGCCUGCGGGAGCAGCUGGAGCAGCGGCUGCAGGAGACGAUCCUCGAGCACUUUCACAUCGCUGCCACCCGCAUCCAGGCUCUCUAUCGCGGCUGGCGGGACAGGAGAUUCAUUCACGAUGUGCAGAACCUGCGCCGAAUGCAGAACUCCGCCGCCGAGGAACUUCUCAACUGCGUGAUCCUUCAGCUGUACUACAUGAGGCAGGAAGGAUCCCUUCCGGGGAUCUUCUCGUUGCGAAACUCCCCCUGCCUUUCCAAAAUCGAGAAACUAAAGGCCACUAUGUUGUUCCGAUUCUACAAUGGUCGGGUGCUAUCGAUGGUGGAGACUGGGUUGGCCCAAAGAGAAGGCUAUAACAGGCAGUUUGAGUCCAGCACUUCACAUACCCAGUUCCCCUAUGCAGGACCCAACUUCAACGACUGUUUUGAGCCACCAGAUGAUCGCUUGCAAGUCAAGAAUUUACCCGACGAUCCUCGUUAUGCCCAGAUAAUUGCACAAUACGAGGAGUCUCAGCUGGAUAAAAACUUGAGAAACACCCAUUUACGUUCGAAUUCGCGAAAACGCCAAGAACUGAUGCAAAAUAUAAUCGCUAGAGAAAGGCUUGCAACACGUAAAUUCUGCAGUUAUAUCAUAGAUCACAUGCGUAGAUGGACAAUAUGGGGUGGCGGAAAUGAAAAUACUAAACGAAGCAGUAAGACGACCCGUGAAGAAAUGCGAGGAUUUUUGAACAGGGUUCAUCAGAUGCUGAGUGAUGGCGUUGUGUUUUCCGUAGAUGAUAUUGCUGAGCUGGGAAGCACAUAUCCCAACAGAUAAAUUAAGAGUUUCACAUAUUUUUGUACACAGAACAUCGAAUACUCGAAUGUUAUUUUUUUUAA